AACACACACACACACACAGAGACACACACACACACACACACACACAGAGACACACACACACACACACACACACACAGACAAACUGACACACACACACACACACAGACAAACUGACACACACACACACACACACACACACAUAUACACUGAGACACACACACACACACACUGACACACAUACACUGAGAUACACACACACACACAUACACACACACACUGAGAAACACACAUUCACACACAGUGACACACACACACACAUUCACACACAGUGACACACACACACACGCUCCCUCGCUCACUCACAGCUUGCAUCUUGCUGAACAGUAGAACGUCUUUCAAAGCCUUGGAUCAGAACACAAGAAUGGACUUCGAUUAUGAGCACUAUAAAGCGGAUGAAAUCCGAAACCACGAGAGAAUCCUCCAAUCACUGCCAGUUCCCAUUCCCCGUGAGAGACUGAAACCACACCCACCAGUCACCACGCCCACUCCCGUCUGCAGGACCCCUCCAAUCAAACCCAGGACUGACCUCCUGCCCCGCCCACAGCACACAAGAGCUGUGCCUCAGUGCCCACCCAGGAGCCAACCAGCCAAUAAGAGGGAGGAGGGCUGUUCCCUGGGAGUGGCGCCCCCUGGCUGUCAGCUCCGCGCGCACACCCUGCUGUGGUUCGAGCAGACUCAGGCCCCCCGUCUGCGCAGUCAGGAGGGGGCGCUGCCAGCCUGGUUCUACGGCUUCACCUCCCGCAGGGAGUCGGAGGAGCUCCUGAUGGACCAGCGGCUCGGCUGCUUUCUGCUGCGACUCAGCGAAUCAAAGAUCGGCUUCGUUCUGUCGUACAGGGCUGCGGAUCGCUGCAGGCACUUCAUCAUUGAUCAGCUGGCAGGGGGGCAGUAUGUGAUAGCUGGAGAAGAGAGCGUUCACCCCAGCCUGGACUCCCUCAUUCAGCACUACAGACAGAACCCAGUGGGGCCCUUUGACGAGACUCUGACUACUGUCUGUUGCAAGGCAGGGAAUCAGGCUGGCUGGGAGGGGGUGAGAGUGCGUGCACGGAGGCUGAGUGAGGGAGAGGCGGCCCAGCCUCCCCCCCCCAAUCACCCCCACGAGGAGACACCCCAGUAUGCCGUUCUCAAGAAGCAGCUGAAGAAAUCCAUGUCCCUGAGCCUGCCUGACCCCGGGGCUGAGAGCCUGGACACUGCGCUGGACUCCGCAGGGAGCUGCAGAGAGAACGAGGUGAGACACAGCCAACCUGCCAACAGAAGACAGGUUAAUAAUGGAACAAAAAAAUGAAGUUCACACGGACAGAGAUUUCUAGGUUGACGCUGUUUAUAACACUGUGUAGUGGCGCCAGUACAUGCUAGAGCUUGGGAUGGAAAGUGGACGGCUCUCUUCGGGUUCAUUAUGUUGGACCCGUGAAGAGCUCUCCUUCACGGACUUGGACGUUCUUUGUGAAUGCUUAUUAUUAUUGUCCAGUUUGUAUGCUCUGUUUUCUGUUGCUCUGUCGCUUCUCUCUGUUUCUCUGUAUUUCUUCCUAUGGUCUUGUGUUCUGUUAGGGUUUGUUGGAGUUUCAUGACGGUGGGAGGAGGCUGUCUAGAAGGUUAUACUGUCGCUGUUUUCUAAUAAGGAUCAGUAAUUGUGUUUUUUUUUUAUUUGUGUUGCUCUACAUUUAGAUAUUCUCGUAUUGCUUUCCAUAGUGUCGGUUUUCCUUUGCGUUUGCUCUCUGCAGUUAUACACAGCGUAUUGUUAAUGUGUUUCGGUUUUCCUUUGCGUUUGCUCUCUGCAGUUAUACACAGCGUAUUGUUAAUGUGUUUUUCCCGCAACCAUAAUAAAUUAUUUUCAUUUUGGUAAAUUAAGUGGUAUUAAGUUAUUCUGUCGUUCUUCUGUCAUACCAGUCUGAUAUAUCGGUAGGCACGUUUCGAUUUGAGACUUUAGUGGCUAUUUUUACACUGAAUUAGCCAGGUGAAUUCAUUGACGUUGCUUGCGACGAGAGGAGAUUAGAAGAAAAACUCAGAAUGUCACACAGCGACUUUCUGAUAUGAAUUAAGAAGCUCUAAAAGAAUGAUUAGAACUUAUAUGAUUAUUCUUUUUUCAUAAAUGUUUAUUUUCAGUAAACUCAAAAUUACUAAUGCUCUAUUGUUUUCAUUGCAAACAAAUACAUUAUAUUCCAGAGAUUCAGGGAGCUCAGGAAAAUCUAAAUAAGGAUUUAUCCAAGAACGCAGUUUAACAAAUGUAUUUCUACAGUGUUUAAAAACUUAGAACACGGUUUGAAGUAGUAAAGAGAAAGGCUCGUUAAAAGCCAAAUAAUGAUUUACUAUAACUGCUCUAGUCGAAAUCGCUCUCAAACGUAAUUAUUUACCGUAUUUCUUAUUUUCUCUUAUUUGAAUUUGCUCUUAUUGACCACUGACUUUAUUGUAUUUCAUGACUGCUCUUAUCUGUAAUGUAAUAUUUUGUAAUGUGAUAUUUUGUACUGUGAUAUUUUGUAAUAACUGUAAGUCGCCCUGGAUAAGGGUGUCUGCUCAGAAAUAAAUAAUAAAUAAAUAAUAGUGUAACAAUGACAAGAUCAUUGCUCAAUAUGACCUCAGAAGCUGGAACUCUCUCACAGGCCAGACAGGAGCUUGUAGGCGUGGCAGUCGGGUCUGAGAGCUCAAAGAAUUGCAUCCUGGUCCAGUUCAUAUCUGCAUGUUAACUGGGGCACUGCCCUCACGUGACUAACUCGCUGCAAUGCUUUGACUCUCUUCCCCCCUCCUGUUUCUCAGCAGAUGAUCAUCCUAUAUUAAGACAUCAGGUUGAUCCAGUUUCUCACCUUUCUAAGACAUGUGAUAUUGCUAACACUCUUGUAAUCUACAUGGUCCCAUUGUGUUCCCCCUGAUAUUCCAUUCAUUGUGAUUUGUAUUCCACAGCAGUGUUCCGUGUUAGCAGAGCAUGUGUUCUAGAGGUCAGCUAAACUGCACCCAGUUUAGACCUCUCCUCCUCACAUGACAAGCACACACCUUGAUUCUUGAUACCGGCCCUUCUUUCAGUCAUUUCUAACUCUACACAUUUCUGUCCCACACUGGAGCACAUUCACUGCA